AAAAUUCAAAUUAAUUUUCUCAUCAAUCAAACAUAUGCUUGACAUUGAGAAUAUUGAGAAUAUUGGCUAUGAGUACAAAAAUUAUUGGGAGACAAAAUAUUUCCUUGAAAACGAAGAAUACAGUUGGGUGAUUGAUGAGUUCUCCGGCUACUACGAUUCAAGUUCUCCCGAUGGAGCAGCCUCCUCCGUCGCGUCCAAGAACAUCGUUUCCGAGAGAAACAGAAGGAAAAAGCUUAACGAAAGCCUCUUUGCUCUCAGGGCUGUUGUUCCAAAUAUCAGCAAAAUGGACAAGGCUUCAAUUAUCAAGGAUGCCAUUGAUUAUAUCCAGGCACUACACGAUCAGGAGAGCAGAAUCCAGGCGGAGAUCAUGGAGUUGGAGUCUGGAAAACUGAAGAAAAAUCCAGGGUUCGGGCAUGACCAAGACCAACCGAUGUUGAGAUUCAAGAAGACCAAGCUCGACAACAUUUUUUAUUAUGGAGGACCAACAGCUUCCCCUGUUGAAGUUCUUGAACUGAAAGUCACACACAUGGGAGAAAAGACAAUGGUGGUGAGCAUAACAUGCAGCAAAAGGACAGACACGAUGGUCAAAUUGUGUGAGGUUUUUGAAUCUUUGAAGCUCAAAAUCAUCACGUCAAACAUCACUGCGGUCUCCGGUAGGCUGUUGAAAACCGUGUUCAUUGAGGUAAGUAAUUUCCCCUUUUUUCUUUUAACUUGUUCUGUUCCCUUUCAAGUUUCAAGUCGCAUUUUGUGUUAUUUUCUGCGUCGUGAUACGCGACAACACCAGUAAUACCUGCAUAUAUUUAUGACCUAAAACGGAAAAAAAUCGAAAUUUACUCUUCAAGCAACUUAGAUCCGUGCAUAC